AUGUGUAUACAUAAAAUACCUUAUGUAUUAGCUUGUACUGUAUUUGUAAUAUACUCACAGCUACAUUUAGUUUCUACUUUCUCAACUGCCGAUCAAAUUAUUGGUAAUGGAUAUCCAGUAGAAACGUAUGCAGUUGAAACGAAAGACCAUUACAUGGUAGGUUUGGAACGAAUACCGUAUAGUAAAAAUGGGAAUAAAACGAUCGGUAAGCCUAUUAUUCUCUUACAUGGAUUGUACGGGACUUCAAUGUUUUAUACACUAUCUAAUAAAUCACUUAGUUUCAUAUUAUCCGAUGCUGGUUUCGACGUUUGGCUGCUCAAUUUUCGUCUAGCAGGGAUUUCUAAAUACAUAAAAAAUCCGAAAACCAACUUAGUUACUCCAUUGAGAAAUAUUUCAUGGGAUUUCAGCUUUGAUGAAUUGGGAAUAUAUGAUACGACAGCUGCCAUUGAUUUUAUCUUAAACAAAACUGGAUAUUCUACACUACACAUGGGUGGUUAUUCUUUCGGAGCUACCAUAUGCCUGAUUGCACUAGCCGAAAGACCAGAAUACAACAAAAAAAUUGACAAAUUAGUGUUGAUAGUGCCAACGGCCAGAAUGAAGUACUAUGACCGGAGGCUUAUCAUUUUAAAGAUAUUCCCAUUUUUAUUCCACAGAACUUUGAGAGGAAGAGAAUAUAUACCUAAGAUGAAACAUCCAGACAAUCAAUGGUUUGGAAAUCAAUGUAAAAAUAAAAAAUACAUGAAAUUAAUCUGUAUUUUUGCAAUGGAUAUAUUACAAGGAAAUUAUUUGUCGAUAGAUUACUCGACCAUAGAUAUCCUGAAAACAUAUCCUCAGCCAACGUCCGUUAAAGUAAUGACACAUUAUUACCAACUUAUACUAGCUGAUCAUUUCCGAAAAUAUGACUAUGGAAAAAUAGGGAAUAUCAAACAUUACCAAUCCAUUACUCCACCAAGUUAUGAUUUAUCUCAAGUAACAGCUGCCACGUAUAUUUAUCAUUCAAAAUAUGACGUUAUAGCUCCACCAAAGGAUAUAAAAUGGUUAAUACAGAGAUUGCCGAACGUAAAAAAAGUCACUAUGGUGAAGAAAUUCAGUCACAUGGGUUUUGCUACUAGUCCAUAUUUGAGACCUAUUAACAUUUUAAUAGUUAAACAUUUAUUGGACAGUAAAUAG